AUGGCAACCCCAUCCAUGCCCGCUCGUGGAGAUCGAACGGCUCCGACCUUUGACCCCCAUCAACCCCGCGAAUUGAGACGAUAUUUCGCCGAUCUGGACUUCCACUUCGUUCGGUCUGCGGUAGAAGACGAGCAGGAAAGGAAGAAACACGCUUGCCGAUUCCUGGACGUCGACACCUGUGAGCUUUGGGAAUCGCUCACCACUUUCACCGACGCCACGAAGACAUUCAAGGAGUUCUGCGAAGAGGUCUACAGACUAUACCCCGGAUCGGAGGAAGAGCGCAAAUGGUCGGUAUCAGAUAUGGACAAGCUAGUCGGCGAAACGAGCAGGGUCGGCAUCUUGUCUCUCAGCGAACUCGGCGACUAUCAUCGGCGAUUCCUGGCGAUCACGGUAUUCCUCCUCAGCAAGGCACGAAUCUCGGUCGCCGAACAGGGACGCGCCUUCGCUAGAGGAUUCCAACCAGAGCUAUGGGCAAGAAUCUCUCAACGUCUACAACUCAAGUUCCCCGAUCAUUUCCCAGACGACCCAUACAACCUCCAGGACAUCCACGACGCGGCCCGAUUCGUCUUGCACAGCACCACAUCCGCCUACAGCACUACGUCCACCGACAUCUCUCGAGCAGCCCCCGCUGCGCCGCCCACCAACACGAUCAAGGCCGAAGACCUGGCGACCAUGUUCGAACGGCUCACCGACACCUUCGUCAAAGCCAUUGCAGCUCAGGGGACGUCCAGGCCAGCCGAUCGACCAUCCCGACAACCAGGACAAGGCGGCGAUAACUGCAUGUUCUGCGGCAGUCCCGAACACUUCAUGCGCGCCUGUCCCGAGGUCAAUGAAUACAUUCGGAUCGGCAAAUGCAAGAGGAAUAUCGAGGGGAAGGUUGUAUUGUCAAGUGGGGCAUUCGUACCCAGAGAAAUCACGGGUAGUAAUCUGAAGGACCGAGUUGACGAAUGGCAUCGCAGGAAUCCAGGCCAGUUGGCGACCGGACAGAUGAUGUUUACGGUAAAUGCGGCGCCGACUCACCCGAUGACGAUAGCCUCCCGUCACGAUUCACCCUCAUUGCUGGAUGUCACCCCAACUUACCAACUCACCGACGUCCAGCGAAUUGCGAGCCUCGAACGCGAACUAUUCGCGCUCCGAACACGGGGCGCAAGGGCACGAGAAAUGGCGCAGACGGGACGUUCGGCACCUACCCCUUCACCGGCUCCCGAACGACGAGCGAGGACCGAAACUCCCGAACCCGAACCCCGACCAACCACCCCGACUCAGCGACCGCCCCCGGUACCAGCCAAGGACGAUGCUCCGAUCCACCCAUACGCCAAAGCCCAGGACGCCACCUAUGCACCACCGCACGAACGCAACAUAGGGGCCCCGGCAAAGAUACCAUCGGCAAAGAAGGACGCUCCGGCCUACAAAACCACGGCGCCGAUCUACGACGAGAAGGUAGCAGCCGAGGUCUAA